CGUUAUUUAAAGCUGAUUCUGCAAUGACUCAACACCUUUAUCUAACCUUUUGUGUAGCAUCAUCAACGGCCAGGAUUUCAUAAAAACCGAUUAUUCAAUGACUCAUUAUACCUGACUACUUGUUAUACACAAAUCAAGGAGUAAUAAUCUGUUCAUAAACUAAUUCCUGUUCAAUAUUCAAACCUUUCUUACGAGGAACUGUCAGUCUCAGUUUUUGGCGAGAAAAACACAGAGUACUUUGAAGGGACACGAAAACUCCAAUUCUUGUUUCAUCAUGUCUCGAUUUGGAUUUAGGAGAGGAAUUAAAGCCAUCGUUACCAGAAAACCUUUUACUUGUAAUGUUUCCAGAUGCAUGAGCUCGUUGCAAUUUGCAACUAUAGAAGCAGAAAAAAUAUGUGGUUCUCAACCAGCUGAAGUGCAUAACUUGGUGCAGGGUAAAUGGGUUCAAUCUUCGUCUUGGAACAUAAUUUUGGAUCCAUUAAAUGGUGAACCAUUCAUUAAGGUUGCUGAAGUUGAUAAAUCAGAAAUAAAGCCAUUUGUUGAUAGCUUAUCGAGGUGCCCCAAACAUGGUCUUCAUAAUCCCUUCAAAUCUCCAGAGAGAUAUCUUCUCUAUGGAGACAUAUCUACCAAAGCAGCUCACAUGCUUUCUCAGCCUCAGGUUUCAGACUUCUUCGCUAGGUUGAUUCAAAGGGUUUCCCCAAAGAGUUACCAGCAGGCUAUGGGUGAAGUAACUGUCACACAGAAAUUUCUAGAGAAUUUUGGCGGUGAUCAGGUGCGUUUCCUAGCCAGGUCAUUUGCAAUACCGGGCAAUCAUCUUGGUCAGCAAAGCCAUGGUUUCCGUUGGCCUUAUGGUCCGGUGGCUAUUGUUACUCCCUUCAAUUUCCCUCUAGAAAUCCCUGUACUGCAGUUGAUGGGUGCACUUUACAUGGGAAACAAACCUCUUCUCAAAGUGGAUAGCAAGGUGAGCAUUGUGAUGGAUCAAAUGCUGCGGCUGCUUCAUGCAUGUGGGUUACCUGUUGAGGAUGUCGACUUCAUCAACUCUGAUGGAAAGACAAUGAACAAAGUUCUGAUGGAGGCAAAUCCUCGAAUGACCCUCUUCACUGGAAGCUCAAGGGUAGCAGAGAAACUAGCAGAGGACCUGAAGGGCCGGGUCAAAUUGGAGGAUGCAGGAUUUGAUUGGAAAAUCCUUGGGCCUGAUGUUCAGGAGGAAGACUAUGUUGCGUGGGUUUGCGAUCAAGAUGCUUAUGCAUGCAGUGGACAGAAAUGCUCUGCACAGUCUAUUCUAUUCAUGCACGAGAACUGGUCAGCAAGCCAUCUUAUCUCCAAAUUGAAAGAUCUUGCUUCUAGAAGGAAGCUAGACGAUUUGACUGUCGGACCUGUUUUAACUGUUACAACUGAAGCAAUGUUGGAGCAUGUGAAGAAGUUGCUGAAAAUACCGGGAUCAAAGUUACUAUUUGGUGGUGAAGCUCUUAAAAAUCACUCUAUACCCUCAAUCUAUGGUGCCUUCAAGCCUACGGCUGUUUAUGUUCCGAUAGAGGAGAUACUGAAGGACAAAAGUUUUGAGCUUGUGACAAGAGAAAUAUUUGGACCAUUCCAGAUUAUCACCGAAUAUAAAGCAAACCAGCUUCCAAUGGUAUUAGAUGCGCUAGAGAGGAUGCAUGCACAUUUGACUGCUGCUGUGGUGUCAAAUGAUCUAUUAUUCCUACAGGAAGUUAUUGGGAGUUCAGUGAACGGAACCACUUAUGCUGGUCUACGAGCAAGGACUACAGGAGCUCCACAAAAUCAUUGGUUUGGACCUGCCGGAGAUCCUAGAGGUGCGGGCAUUGGAACUCCUGAAGCAAUCAAACUAGUAUGGUCUUGCCAUAGAGAAAUCAUUUACGAUGUUGGUCCUGUUCCCCACCAGUGGUCAAUCCCACCAUCUACUUGAAGCUAAAUUUACAAAGUCGAGAGGUGUUCAACGUAAGCGUAUUGCAUUAGCUAAUCUAGUCAGAGCAAGAGGAAUAAAAGCCAAGCCACUUUCAGUGCAACUAUGUAACCAGAUAUUACUACCUUAUAUUCAUUUCGUACUCUCCCGUCUCCCCUGUACGGCCUGAUGAUUUUGCCGCCUUAUUCUUGAAAACAUGGUCGCAAUGAAGGCUCCAAUAAGUGUUGAGUAUGUCACUUAAUAGAAACGAAGAUGGUGUAUGUGUUGAUGGCUAUAUUAUUGGAAUGAAUAUCAACCACUUUGAUGUGUUGAUUACCUUU